AUGCAAAGGAAACUGGAGAGGCUAGAAGCCUCUGUGUCAGUGAGGUCUGGAAGAAGAGUGAAGCAGCAACCAGAAGUUAACAUGCUCUCAAGUAAGGCAUCUGAACAAACUUUCUCACUGCUUCAGAAACCUGUUGCCGCACCUCCAGGGAAGAACUUGUAUGAUGCCAGUUUGACACUUCUUGGUGGCACUGACAAAUACAAAGAGACUGACAUCAAGUCAGAAGGCUCUGCCAAUUAUCAGGAAACAAACAUGAAGCAGUUACUGGCCUCUUCGCCAAGGGAGAUGGCUAUCAUGGAACCCAGACAAUUAGGCUCUGAUGUUUCAGGCUCCAGGAAUGUGACCAUACCUAUCAUUGGCUUGGACAACUCAGGCAAAACUCUUCUCGUGGAGACAUUCCAAAAAUGUAAGGAACCAAGAGCAUUAGACACUGGUGUGGUACUUCCCAGUAAGACAGACCAUUGUAUGAAAUCGGAACUGACUACACUUUUGUUAGAUAAGUAUGAACUUUCCAUCUAUGACCUGAAUGGAGACCUGAAGGGCCGAGAAGCAUGGCCAAACUACUACGCACAAGCACAUGGGCUUGUUUUUGUCCUGGAUUCCAGUGAUAUAAGACGCAUGCAGGACGUGAGGAUCAUCUUAACACAUCUGCUGCCUGAUAAAAGAGUGGCAGGGAAACCCAUCUUACUCCUAGCAAACAAACAGGACAAGAAGAAGGCCCUCAUGCCUGGUGAUAUUAUUGAUUAUCUGUUUCUAGACAAGCUUGUGAAAGAGAAUAAAUGCCCAUGCCGAUUGGAGCCAUGUUCAGCCAUCAGCAAUCUUGACAGAAGAAACCAUCAGCCCAUAGUUGAAGGACUGCGCUGGCUGUUAGCUGUCAUUGCUACUCGCCAACUACCACCCACCUUGAGCAUCCCAAUCUCCAAGGAAAACAGAGGCUCUGGAGAAAGAUGCUCUUCAAGCAGCUUCUCCACCAGAAGUGAAAUGCCAAAGAAGAAAAGGCAGCAUCUAGAACAAUAUUCAGUAGAAGCUAAGCCUCUAAAGUCAAUCCUACAGGUAAAUGGCUCUUUAAAUGCUAAUACUCAGUGGCCAGUCCCUGCAACACAUGGGCACCAACUGACUUUUUCCCCCUAUCUUCUUGCUGUACAGAAAGAAGGUACAAGAUUACGGCCUAAAAAGAAUAUGUCAGUAACAUUUGCUUUACAUGAUGAACCCAUGAAAGAAGCUGAACAUUCUAGAAGAACUAGAACUCAGAAUACUAUGGAGCUUUGCUACAAACGAAGCUCCAUAUGUUGAUGACAAUAUUUUUUAAGGUAAUGUUGGAUCAGUGGUUAGAGAAGAAAAUGUACAUAGGCCUUCCCUAACAAUUUCUACAAUAGUAUUCCAAUUUCGAGCCUGAAAUUCUUUCCUCACUCUAUGGUUGGUGAUUAGAAGAGAAAUAGAAGUACAGGAAGAGUGCUUGGAUACCAUCUUCUGGUAGUCCAGUAUGAUGUCCCAGCACUGGCUGACACAAGAUCUGUAGAUGGCUAUAGGAUGUUAUCUUAAAGUUCAUGAUUCCUGUGGUGGAAAUAUAAGUACUUUAAAAACAUGAACACACUAUGAACCAGUAAUCCCAAUUCUUGAGCUGUCUCCAAAGAUAAUUACACAAGUACCACAAAAAUGAUGCUCAAGGAUGUUUAAUCACAGCACUAUGUACAGUAACUAAAAGUGGGAAACAGCCUAUAUGUCCAAUAAUGGAGAAUGGAUAAAUAAAUUAGGAUGCAUCUAUACCAUGGAAUACUAUGCAUACAUUAAAAAGGCUA